AUGAGGUUACUUGGGUGGUCGGCUUUGGUUCUGUGCUUGUCUCUCAGUGAUGCCAGCAGUUUACUGAGCAAGACGAUCAAUGCGGAUGGAAGUCGGGAAUUUCGAAUCGCAAAGCAAAUCAAGCACAACACCUGCCUUUGUCAAUGUCGUUGCGUUCCCGAAAAGAUGGACCUGUUCGGUAACCGGCCUGCCGCCGGCUCUUCAAGGGAAUCACUAGAAGUCGACGACAAUGCAGCAAAAGACCAGCAAAAACUGAAGACAUCGAUGGUCCAGGAGCUGGCUGCAGCCACAACACAACCCAUCAACGUCACUCUAAGCAGCACUUCCUCGAAAACAAGUACAUCAACACAAAAGGUAACGGAGACAGUGCCGGUAACAUCAGCUACUACUACUGAAAUUACCAAAGAAACAUCAGAGAUUGGGCACGACUCAACGACCUUGGCUGCUGCAACAGAAACUACUGCGGCGACAAGCUCGUCGACAUCAACAUCUACAACGCUAACGUCAACAUCCGAGUUACCUCCUUCUUCUCCAAUGGAAGCAAACGCGACUGAUUUCACAGCUUCGGCUGGAAAUGACGCUUCAACAUCUGCUCCUGAAGUGUUAGAUUCAAUAGACGCUAAAGCAGUUGUCAACAAGGAAGACAUCCCCAUACCCUCUACAACGCUGACGCCGGAUCCAACAACGACGCUCGGGGAGGAGAACGAAACGCCGACUGGCACAACCGACGUGUCAACCCCUGUUGCUGAGACCACUACUGAGGCGAUAAUAACGGAGAGCAUGGAC